GUGAAAGUAGAAGUUGAUUGGCAGUCAACAUGAAGAAAAAGAAAAGUUUUUUAAAACCGUGACAGGGCAUCUCAACUGAGUUAGAGCAUGAUGGAAUCUUUUAGUCACUUGGCUUUCGUGAUAAUUGAUUACCUAAAACAGCGGAGAUCGGAUGUCAUUAACGCUAAAGUUGUAUUAGCCGUUGCUGCAUCGUUGAUUGCUGUGGUUGUUAUCAAGAAAAUUGUGAAUUUCUGUCUUUGGUACAGGUACUACACAAAACUAAUGAAACGCGUGCCUGGUCCGGAAGAUACACAUUGGCUGUAUGGAAAUCUACAUCUGCUGACAGACAAACAUUCAGACCAGUUGAAACUUGGACAAGAACUGACUGCUAAAUUCCCAAGAAUGUAUAAGUUCUGGAUCGGACCAUUUAAUGCAACUGUUGUUUUGAACCACCCAGAAACUAUUAAACAGAUUUUAACACAUGCAGAUCCCAAAUCCAAGGGCUUUGGAGGGGCAUACCGCCAUGUUUAUCCAUGGCUGGGGGAGGGGCUACUUUUAGCGGACGGCAAGAGAUGGAGUAGAGCAAGGCGACUUUUGACCCCUGCUUUCCAUUUCAAUAUCUUAAAACCCUAUGUUAACAUCUACAACAAAGCUACAGAUCAACUGGUGAGAAAGUUUGAGUCCUAUGCAGAGAGAGGUGUUAGCUUUGACCUUAUUAAAGAAAUGAGUUUAUGCACCUUGGAUAUUUUGCUCCAAUGUAUAUUCUCCAUGGAAACAAACUGUCAAGAAAGGGAGUCAGAAUAUGUACAGUAUGUCCUAAAGCUGGGAGAAAUUUGGAGUAAAAGAAACAGGAAACUAUGGCUGUUUCCAGACAUCAUCUUUUACAACACAAAAUUGGGCAGGCAGUUUAAGGACCAUUGUGACAAAGUUCACAAGAUAGCGGAGGACAUCAUCAAGAAUCGCCAACAGGAAAUUGACCAGUUAGAUGGAAUGAGUGAACGGCCAUAUUUAGAUUUCUUGGAUCUGUUACUGCAAGCUAAGGAUGAGGAUGGAAACAAGCUGACCAAGUCAGAAAUUAGAAAUGAAGUUGACACAUUUCUAUUUGAGGGACAUGACACCACAGCUUCCUCCAUUAGCUGGCUGCUGUAUUUACUGGCCCAGCAUCCGGACUACCAACAAAAAGUUCAGGAGGAGCUGGACUCUAUCUGGGCCAACAAGGCUACUGAGUGGACCCAGUGGGAGGAUUUGUCCCACUUUGAAUACCUGACCAUGUGUCUAAAGGAAUCCUUGCGAGAUUCUUCCACAGUGCCUUUGAUUCAGAGACUUGUACAAAGGGAGAUGACUAUUGAUGGCAAAGUAUUCCCACAGAACACUCUCUUCACAAUUGCUAUAAAUAGUGUCCAUCAUAACCCAGCUGUGUGGAGAAACCCAGAGGAAUAUCGCCCAGAACGGUUCUCACGGGAAAAUAACUCCAACAUAGACAAUUUUUCAUACAUUCCUUUUUCUGCAGGUCCAAGGAACUGUAUUGGGCAGAACUUUGCCUUAAAUGAAGAGAAGGUGAUUCUUUCCAGAGUGCUGAGACAUUUUAGCGUAAAACUGGACCCAAACUUUACUGUAGAAAAGAAAAUUGGUCCUGUGCUAAAAGCCAAUGGGGGAAUUCGAGUGUUUGUCACCAAUCGCAAUGUUUGAAAUGCUUCAAUAUUUUCUUAUAGAACAUUUAGAAUCCUAAUUCUAAAAAGCAUAUACAUGCACUGAACAACUGCUUUAUGUUAAUACUCGUUAAAUAUAUAUACUGUAAGUUAUACAUGUAUAACAAACAUUUACCGAAACAUGAAUGAAAUAGACGCUACCAACUGUUUAUUCUUAACUGCAGAUAAUACUCUUCAUAUAUUCUUGUAUCACAUUUAAGGUAAUAUACAUCUGUAUGAUAUUUUGGCUUGCAUGUUUACAGCAUAAUGAAUUAUAUAUUUGUUACAUGUACAGUAUACAUCUAAUGUAUAUCAGAUGCAUAAUGACUGUAUAAAAUUGAUAUGCAGAGCAAAACAGAAACUUCUUCGUUUUGGAAUAACUUUAUUAAAAAAAAAAAUUUAUACACCACAAUGUGGACUGGAAACAAUUUUUUUAUUUUUGUGAUGUUAUAUUGAUCGAAAUAGAAAUCGUAUACUAGGUACAGUCAUUUGAUUCUUUAUUCAAUGACGUGAUUUGUAUAAAUGUACCCUUUUAAGAAUGUGAUGAAUAAGACUGCUUGAAAGUGUUGUUAUUUUAGGGUAUUUAGACACUUCCAUGACGUAUGUACCAUUCAGUAGCAGCAAGAUAACAUGUUGAAAUUUAUCAAGUUAUUUCCAACUGAUUGUUUUCAAGUAAAAUUUUCAACAACAAAAAUCAUGAAAUUUGUAUUUAGUUUAAUGUGCAACACUUUGCCAAUGAGAAACAUUUAUUGCUUGCUGCUGAUGUAAUCAUUUUACGUUUACUGACUAUAUAAAGGAAUUUAAUACUCUUUGUUCUGCCAUUAAGUUUUCAUAGAUUUUUUGUGUAGAACAGACAAUGUGUUAUUAUAUUUGUUUGUGUUCAUUUUUGUUUAUAUUGUUCAUAGUUAAGUUUUUUCCUUGUUUUCUUUUUUACUUCAAGACUGUUCAUAUAAAAAUGAUAUUGUAAUUAUUGGAUAAAUACUCAAGAGGUUGCAUAUUUUUAUUUAGCUACUUUACUAACAAUUAUACAUUUUAAAAGUUA